UUUAUAACGUAUGUAUAUAAUAAGAAAUUUAAUAUAUAAAAAGACGUUAAUAAAACAUUUUCAAGUACUAAAAUUCAAAAACGCAAGAAACAACAUGAUUCUCAUAUUAAAAUUGGUAUUAAUAUUUUUAUUAAAUAAAACGCACGCAUAUAUCGAGCAAGAUAUCGAAAGAAUAUUGCUGCCGGCAUUGAAUUCGACAAGCGCAAAGGAAAUACCACUAACUCUGAAAAUUUUUGAAAAACAAAUUCAAUUAAACCUGCGUAGAAACGAUCAGAUUGUAUCGUCCAAGUUUAAAGUAUGGAAACAUGACGCAAAAAGCAUCACGGAAGAACUUAUUCCGCAAUUAUACGCAUCUGAUCCUUGCCAUUAUUUUCACAAUGAUCAUAUCAGCACAGCGGCCAUAAACUUUUGUCAAGAAUAUGGAUGGGAAGGAUUCGUUUUUCUGAAAGACGAAACAUUGGAAAUUAGACCUUUGCGGGAUGACUUUGCGUCUUUGACCUCAAUCGACGAUCUUUGCGUUAAAGAAGAGACAAAUAUAUCAAUUGGCAAACCUCAUUUAAUUAAAAGAACAAUGCAUUUAUCUGCUGAUUCAAGUUUUCGUAAAUACGAUAAUUUUAAAAUAAAGCGACGUCAUGUACGAAAUACGCAAAAAAAAUUAACUAUAGAACUAGCUGUGUUCGUCGACGAAGCCGCAUAUCGUACGUUCAUGCCUUUUCUGGACAAAGAUGAAAAAAAGUUGCGCAUGAUGAUAUUAGCGUAUGUGAAUAAUAUUCAAGCUAUGUUCCAUCAUCCUAGUUUGGGUGUCUCUAUCGAUAUUUCGUUGGUACAUUUGGAAUUCUUGGAUAAACAACCCUCAAAUUUGCCAGAUUUUGGCGGUGACGUUGUGAAACUGAGCGAAGCAUUCUGCGAAUUCGCAAAAACUCGCAAUCCUCCGGACGACAAUGAUCCGCAUCACUGGGACAUUGGUCUUUACAUAACCGGAGUAAACGUUUAUGGCACGAGUCAAGCUGUCGCAGGAAAAUCCUUCAUCAGUGGUGUGUGCAAAUCAAAUAAAUCGUGUGCGAUAGUCGAAUUCGGUAUUGUAGGUAGUGUGACAUCGGGUUUUAUAUCAUCUCUCGCUGCUGCUCAUGAGAUCGGCCAUGUCUUAGGAAUGCAACACGAUUCAAUACCGUGUGAAAAAUUCAAAUACAUUAUGACUCCUGGCCUGGGACCCGUAGGCCAUAUGACAUGGUCCGAGUGUAGUCGUAAUACAGCUGAAAAACUCUGGACUACACCAAAGUGUCUUGCAGAUCAUACGACAUCAAAAGACGACUUGGACCAUUCGAGAUAUCACGAUUUACCCGGAAGAGAAUGGACUGCCAAAGCUCAAUGCGAAAUAUAUUUUCGCGACAAGGAUGCAAACGUAGUCUCGUUGCUUGAUAUAUGCAAAUCCUUACAAUGCGAAUCGCCUCACAAAAAUGGGUAUUACUUUACGGGACCGGCGUUGGAAGGAACUUAUUGCGUACUCGGGAAGGAAUGUCGCGGAGGAGAAUGCGUGCCUCUUCUCGAACUGCCAUACACGCUCGAGUAUUGUGAAGAUGAUAACUGGUGUGAAUGGAAAGAAGGCACCUGUCAGAGUAGUUGUUUGGAAGAAUCUAAAGGCGUAAAAAUCAAACGACGUUCUUGCAAGCAUGGAAGUCGCAGAACGGCGAGUUGUGAAGGGCCAUAUUACGACGUGGUUCUGUGCGAUGAUUCGUUACUCUGCACGGAGAAACGUAAAAAGAUCCAUUUAUAUACUGCAACAAAAUGCACGCAAUUCAAUCUUUUCGCAAUAUCAAUCAAAAUGGAAUUGCCGUUUGAAUUAGAAAUGAAGCCAGGAUGGCAGGCCGCUCAUGAUGUCGAGAAGCCAUGGAAGGCCUGUACUGUACACUGCCGACUAAAAGAUUCAUUUACUCUCUACUCACUACGCGUUGAAAUGAUCGGCAUUAAUAUGGACCCAUACUUUCCAGAUGGAAUGUGGUGUCACAAGGAACAUGGCGAAGAUUAUUACUGCCGCCAACAUUAUUGUCUGCCGGAAAGCUAUAAUUAUUAAAAAAUCAUUGACGUGUGUGUAUGAGAAUCGAAAGAAAAAUCAUGAACCGCGCCUAAAUCAUUUUAGAAUAGUUCGACAAUUUGUUUGGCACCGAAUUUUCGAUCGGUCAAUCUGUCCUUAUUAACAUCUGUUUAGCAUAUCAUCCACAUCUUAUUUAAUUAAGACAAAUAGACCAAGAAUUAUAUCAAAUUUUCGGCAAUUAAAAUUAAUUCCGUCGAUUAAAA